GUAAUGAUAGCAUGAGGCCCAAUCGCCUUGAAGUGCAUUUGAAGCAACAAGACCCUACCCUGGUUUUGAAGACGAAAGAAUCACUCAAGCGGAUGAGACUGGAUAAAUCGGAAAGUUAUCACACAGGUGUAUCACAGCAUCUCAAAGCUUCAUUUGAAAUAACCUUUAGGAUAGCAAAGCACAAGAAACCUCAUACUAUUGGUGAAGAAUUAAUAAAACCAUGUGUCCUAAAAGCCACGCAGAUAAUUUUAGGAGAAGGUACAGAGCAAAAAAUACAGUCAAUCUCUCUUUCGAAUAACACAGUCAAGCGUAGAAUCAAUGAUAUUGCAGCAGUCAUAAAGUCACAUAUAAUUAACAAAGUAAAAUUAUCGCCAUUUUUUGCCAUUAGUUGCGAUGAAUCCACCGACAUCAUUAAUUGUGCACAGUUAAUAGUUUAUGUUCGUUACAUCGGCGGAGAUAUCAUUCAAGAAGAGAUUUUGAACUCUCAAUGUUUGACAGCAGGUACUACAUCUGAUAUACUUAAUUCAAUAUCAAAUUUUAUUGAAAAAAAUGAUCAGACCGUGUCAAAAAAUAGUUGCAGUGAGAAUUGA